GUGUGCAGCCUCUCCCGUGGCAUAUCCUCAGGUCUUAGAUCUGCCUGACCUGGUUCAGUCAAAUCUGCAUUCUAUAGCUGUGGAAUCACAUUGUGGUGAGUAGCUGCAGUUUUGGGGGCAGGCAGUUUGCGCAAUGUGGAAGAAUUGCAGUGGGCUAGGACACAGCUCAGGCAUCCCUCAACUGGUUGCUUAAAGAAUGUCAUGGAGGCUGCUUCCCGUGGCUACAUGGUUUCUGAGCUGCCAACAGCGGAAGGUCCCACACUCCAUCCGAUGUGCGCAGGGCCCCCGUGCCGUUGCAGCGUUUCCGGGCCGGGGAUUGGUGGUGGGCGCCAGCGGCGGCGUGGAGUGGUGGCGUCAGACGAGCGAGAAUGCUGGAUGGAAACGAUGUCAGACAUCGACGGACCCCGCACUUGGUGCUCCGUUGUUUUCUGUGGCCGUGGAGCCUGAAACCCUGAGCGUGGCGGUGGGUGGGGGUGCGAGGCGGUCUGUGAGCCUUUUUGGACCGGAAGGCUCCUUGCUUGGCAGCCUCACAGGGCACACUGGCUGGGUGCGGGACCUUGCGUUCCAUGGCGGCCAGCUUUUUAGCAUCGGUUGCAACUUCAUCAAGGUUUGGAGGCCGAGCCAAUUCGCAGCACACAGCGAUUCUCCCUGGCAGAAGUGGAGGACAUGUUCACACGUCGGCGACCUUGAGGUGCAUGGCGACCUGCUGGCGCUUUCAGUUUGCGCUGGGUUUUUGGUGGCCGCUGGGGCAUCAAAGUACCGGUACAGAUGGCGGCUGCCCAGCACAAAAUUGCGGCCACGGGAUUGGCUGGAGCAGGCACGAGGAUCCCAGAUCACUGAGCCCAGCCUGCAUGACGGACGUGUGGCAAAGCUGACUUGCUGGAAAGAGAGGUUGCUUUCUUGUGGGCAUGACGGCCGAGUUUGCAUGGAUAGUUUUGAGCACGCCGACCCGCCUGCAGCAGCUAGGAUAGCCAGCGGAUGGUCACAUCUACUUGCUUGGCGACGACCUGCAGUUGCUUGAGACCAGGAGGCCGUUCCAUGGCCCAGUGAACGGCUUGGCGGCCUUGCCUGGCGAUCGAGUUGCAGCUGUGUCUACCUCGACCGCUGAGUUUCGGAUUGAAUCUUGUAACCCAACCGAUGCGCGUGGAGA